AUGUCCUCAAGCAAAAUCCACGGCGGCUCCUCCGCUUCCUCCGCCACGGCUUGCGCUGCCUGCAAAUACCAACGAAAAAAAUGCACAAAAAACUGCCUCCUCGCUCCUUACUUCCCGCAAGAACGCCAAAAGCAGUUCCUCAACGCUCAUAAACUGUUUGGAGUGAGCAACAUCACAAAGAUGAUCAAAGAAGUCGAAGAGUCUCAACGCAACAUCGCAAUGCAGAACCUUAUCUUCCACGCUAAUGCUCGUGCCCUAGAUCCAGUUGGUGGGAUGUACAAGAUUAUGUGUGAUCUUAAGAGCAAGAUCAAUUGUUGUCAAGCUGAGCUUAACUUUGUUCAUCAGCAACUCUCUAUGUAUCGGUAUCGGUCUCUAGCUCAUCAACAGCAAAGGCAGAGGCAAGAUCUUUCAUUCGGAUCUUACUCUUACGGAGAUCUACUGGAGCAAGAAGAUCAAGAAUACGUUAACGUCAAUGGUUUUAAUCAUCAGAACGAGCAACAACAACUUCAAGAGAUGAUGCCGCAACAGAGUCUGUUGAAUUACGAUAUGUUUUUGGAGAAGGCUGAACAAACCAACAAGGUGAAGCUUGAGAAAGAAGGUAUCUCUGAUCCGGAGCAGCCCAAUCUCUUGAGCCACAUACUCAUGCCGUCGCAGAUUUAA